AUGGCUUGUGCAAAGAGGGCAGAAGCUGUGAGGGACUGGGAGGAGAGAGAUGGAGCCAGCGUUCGAACAUUCACUCCAUUUUAUUUUCUGGUGGAGCCAGUGGAUACGCUCUCAGUUAGAGGCUCUUCCGUUAUAUUAAACUGUUCAGCAUAUUCUGAGCCUUCUCCAAAAAUUGAAUGGAAAAAAGACGGAACUUUUUUAAACUUAGUAUCAGAUGAUCGACGCCAGCUUCUCCCAGAUGGAUCUUUAUUUAUCAGCAAUGUGGUGCAUUCCAAACACAAUAAGCCUGAUGAAGGUUAUUAUCAGUGUGUGGCCACUGUUGAGAGUCUUGGAACUAUUGUCAGUAGAACAGCCAAGCUCACAGUAGCAGGUCUUCCAAGAUUUACCAGCCAACCAGAACCUUCCUCAGUUUAUGCUGGGAACAGUGCAAUUCUGAAUUGUGAAGUUAAUGCAGAUUUGGUCCCAUUCGUGAGGUGGGAACAGAACAGACAGCCCCUUCUUCUGGAUGAUAGAGUUAUCAAACUUGCAAGUGGAACGCUGGUUAUCAGCAACGUGACUGAAGGAGAUGGAGGACUUUAUCGCUGCAUAGUUGAAAGUGGUGGGCCACCAAAGUAUAGUGAUGAAGCUGAAUUGAAAGUGCUUCCAGAUCCUGAGGUAACAUCAAACUUGGUAUUUUUGAAGCAACCUUCCUCUUUAGUCAAAGUCAUCGGUCAGAGUGCAGUGUUGCCGUGUGUGGCUUCAGGACUUCCUACUCCAACCAUUAGAUGGAUGAAGAAUGAAGAGGCACUUGACACAGAAAGCUCUGAACGAUUGGUACUGCUAGCAGGUGGUAGUCUGGAGAUCAGUGAUGUCACUGAGGAUGAUGCUGGAACUUAUUUUUGUAUAGCUGAUAAUGGAAAUGAGACAAUUGACACUCAAGCAGAGCUUACCAUACAAGGUACGCAAAUAUUUACUGUAAAAAGUUUGCCAACCCCUGAUGUGAACUCUGUAAAGAACUCCUACAGAUUGAAGGAACAUAAUCUUCAAGUUUUGGGUCUGGUGAAAUCAGAUGAAGGGUUCUAUCAAUGCAUUGCUGAGAAUGAUGUUGGAAAUGCACAAGCAGGAGCCCAACUAAUAAUCCUUGAACAUGAUGUUGCCAUCCCAACAUUACCUCCCACUUCACUGACCAGUGCCACUACUGACCAUCUAGCACCAGCCACAACGGGACCACUGCCUUCAGCUCCUCGGGAUGUCGUGGCCUCCCUGGUCUCUACCCGCUUCAUCAAAUUGACAUGGCGGACACCUGCAUCAGAUCCGCAUGGAGACAACCUCACCUACUCUGUGUUCUACACCAAGGAAGGGACUGCUAGGGAACGUGUUGAGAACACCAGUCGCCCAGGAGAGAUGCAGGUAACCAUUCAAAACCUAAUGCCAGCAACUGUGUACAUCUUUAAAGUUAUGGCUCAAAAUAAGCAUGGCUCCGGAGAGAGUUCAGCUCCACUACGAGUUGAAACACAGCCUGAGGUUCAGCUCCCUGGCCCAGCGCCUAACAUCAGAGCAUAUGCAACUUCACCUACCUCCAUCACUGUCACAUGGGAAACACCAUUGUCUGGCAAUGGGGAAAUUCAGAAUUACAAAUUAUACUACAUGGAAAAAGGGACUGAUAAAGAACAGGAUGUUGAUGUUUCAAGUCACUCCUACACCAUUAAUGGAUUGAAAAAAUAUACAGAUUAUAGUUUCCGAGUGGUGGCCUACAAUAAACAUGGUCCUGGAGUCUCCACACAAGAUGUUGCUGUUCGAACAUUGUCAGAUGUUCCAAGUGCUGCUCCCCAGAAUCUGUCCUUAGAAGUGAGAAAUUCAAAGAGUAUUAUGAUUCACUGGCAGCCACCUCCUCCAGCUACACAAAAUGGGCAGAUUACUGGCUACAAGAUUCGCUAUCGAAAGGCCUCCCGAAAGAGUGAUGUCACUGAGAUCUUGGUAACCGGGACACAGCUAUCUCAGCUGAUUGAAGGUCUUGAUCGGGGGACUGAAUAUAAUUUCCGAGUGGCUGCUCUAACGAUCAAUGGUACAGGCCCAGCAACUGACUGGCUGUCUGCUGAAACUUUUGAAAGUGACUUAGAUGAUCCCAGCUCUCACUAUGUGAUUACCCUGAAAGCAUUUAACAACGUGGGUGAAGGCAUCCCCCUGUAUGAGAGUGCUGUGACCAGGCCUCACACAGACACUUCUGAAGUUGAUUUAUUUGUUAUUAAUGCUCCAUACACUCCAGUGCCAGAUCCCACUCCCAUGAUGCCACCAGUGGGAGUUCAGGCUUCCAUUCUGAGUCAUGACACCAUAAGGAUUACGUGGGCGGACAACUCACUGCCCAAACACCAGAAGAUUACAGACUCCCGAUACUAUACAGUGCGAUGGAAAACCAACAUCCCAGCAAACACCAAGUACAAGAAUGCAAAUGCAACAACUUUGAGUUAUUUGGUGACUGGUUUAAAACCAAAUACACUCUAUGAAUUCUCUGUGAUGGUGACCAAAGGUCGAAGAUCAAGUACAUGGAGUAUGACAGCCCAUGGGACCACCUUUGAACUAGUUCCUACUUCUCCACCCAAGGAUGUGACAGUUGUGAGUAAAGAGGGGAAACCUAGGACCAUAAUUGUGAAUUGGCAGCCUCCCUCUGAAGCCAAUGGCAAAAUUACAGGUUACAUCAUAUAUUACAGUACGGAUGUGAAUGCUGAGAUACAUGACUGGGUUAUUGAGCCUGUUGUGGGAAACAGGCUGACUCACCAGAUACAAGAGUUAACGCUUGACACACCAUACUACUUCAAAAUCCAAGCCCGGAACUCAAAGGGCAUGGGGCCCAUGUCUGAAGCUGUCCAAUUCAGAACCCCCAAAGCGGACUCCUCUGAUAAAAUGCCUAAUGAUCAAGCCUCUGGGUCUGCAGGAAAAGGAAGCCGGCUACCAGACCUAGGUUCUGACUACAAACCUCCAAUGAGCGGCAGUAACAGCCCUCAUGGGAGCCCCACUUCUCCUCUAGACAGUAAUAUGCUGCUGGUCAUCAUCGUUUCUGUUGGCGUCAUCACCAUCGUAGUGGUUGUGAUCAUCGCUGUCUUCUGCACCCGGCGCACCACCUCUCACCAGAAAAAGAAACGAGCUGCCUGCAAAUCAGUGAACGGCUCCCACAAGUACAAAGGGAACUCCAAAGAUGUCAAACCCCCAGACCUCUGGAUCCAUCAUGAGAGACUAGAGCUGAAACCCAUUGAUAAGUCUCCAGACCCAAAUCCUGUCAUGACUGAUACUCCAAUUCCUCGCAACUCUCAAGAUAUCACACCAGUUGACAACUCCAUGGACAGCAAUAUACAUCAAAGGCGGAAUUCAUACAGAGGGCAUGAAUCGGAGGACAGCAUGUCUACACUAGCUGGAAGGCGGGGAAUGAGACCAAAAAUGAUGAUGCCCUUUGACUCCCAGCCACCCCAGCCUGUGAUUAGUGCCCAUCCCAUCCAUUCCCUCGAUAACACUCACCAUCAUUUCCACUCCAGCAGCCUCGCUUCUCCAGCUCGCAGUCAUCUCUACCACCCGGGCAGCCCAUGGCCCGUUGGCACAUCCAUGUCCCUUUCAGACAGGGCCAAUUCCACAGAAUCUGUUCGAAAUACCCCCAGCACUGACACCAUGCCAGCCUCUUCGUCUCAGACAUGCUGUACUGAUCAUCAGGAUCCUGAAGGUGCUACCAGCUCCUCUUACUUGGCCAGCUCUCAAGAGGAAGAUUCAGGCCAGAGUCUUCCCACGGCCCAUGUUCGCCCUUCCCACCCAUUGAAGAGCUUUGCUGUGCCGGCAGUCCCGCCCCCAGGACCUCCCACCUAUGAUCCUGCAUUGCCAAGCACACCGUUACUAUCCCAGCAAGCUCUGAACCAUCACAUUCACUCAGUGAAGACAGCUUCCAUCGGGACAUUAGGAAGGAGCCGGCCUCCUAUGCCAGUGGUGGUUCCCAGUGCCCCUGAAGUGCAGGAGACCACAAGGAUGCUGGAAGACUCUGAGAGUAGCUAUGAACCAGAUGAGCUGACCAAAGAGAUGGCCCACCUGGAAGGACUAAUGAAGGACCUAAAUGCCAUCACAACGGCAUGAUGACCUUCACCCAGACAUGACUCCAAACCCGAGUCUAGAAGUCUUGGAACUUAGCCUUGAGAACAAGGAAUUGUACAGAGUAUGAGAGGACAGCACUUGAGAACACAGAGUGAGCCAGCAGAGUGGCCAGCGCCUCUGUGUGGGGCUGGCUCCAGGCAUGGCCACCCGCCUUCUCCUGGUCAGCCUGGAAGGAGCCUGUGUCGAGGCAGCUUCCCUUCGCCUGCUGAUACCCUGCAGGACUGGGCACAAUAGGCCAAAGUUGUGUGUCCAGGGAGGAGGCGAGAAGUGCACCUUGCACUUCACUUUGUGGUCAGGCUGUGUCUUUGUGCUGCAACUGCAUCACCUUUAUGGAGUAUAGACAUUGGCAUUUAUGUACAAUUUUAUUUGUGUCCUAUUUUAUUUUACCUUAAAAAAAAACACUAUCAAAAACCAAGGGAGUCCGUGGUGUUCUCCACAAGUGGUUGACAUUUGACUGCUUGUUCCAAUUAUGUAUGGAAAGUUGUUGACAGUGUGGCUUGUUCCAGGGGUUAGCUUGUUUUUUGGUUUUGUUUUUAUUUUUUAAUUCUGAGUCAUUGCAUCCUCUACCAGCUGUUAAUCCGUCACUUUGGGCGGGGAGGAGUGGGGGGGGGGAAUGUUGCAUUGCUGUUUGUAAGCUUUUUUAUUAUUUUUUUAUUAUAAUUAUUAAAGGCCUGACUUUCUCCUCUCAUCACUGUGAGAUUACAGAUCUAUUUGAAUGAAAUGUAACAUUGAAAA